AUGGCGUUGAGGAUCAGCAUGAUAGUAUAUGUAGUCCUCCAGUUCAUCGCGUUCUUUUUCGUGCUGGUGGGUACGCCGCUCGACAUGUUUCGGGGGAAUGAUCCAGUUGCUGCCUACAGGAGUGUUUGCAUCACCCUAUGGGGCUGGAAAUCGCGUUGCACAUCUAGCGUGUACGAAGCUGGUGUGGACGAACUAUGGCGGGAUUGUGGGGGCCGCCGCAAGCGUUUCCGCGCUGCUCAGGUGUUGGCUGUCAUCUCCAUCUUCGUGUACGGCGCGGCGUUCGUCUUGGGCGUCCUUCUGCUGUGCUGCUGCUCGAUCUUCCGCUUGUUGUGCCUGGCUCUCAACAUCGUGGGCGUCUUCACUUUAAGCGUCGUCUGGGUGGUCAUGGUGGUGACCUACUACAAGCAUGAGGCUCUUACUUGCCCGAAUCUCAAGGGUUUCUUCAACUAUGGAGCCGGGUUCGCUCUCUUCUUGGUGGCCUGGUGCCUGGACAUCAUCAACAUCGCCGUCUUGCUCCUCCCGUGCCAGAACAGAGGGCUUUCUGUGAGUGAAAAGCUUGAGGAGGAGGAUGAGCUUCAGCCUGCGCCGGAAGCGGAGCCGAUGCAGGAGUCUGCACAGCAUGGAGAGAAGGUGCAGUAA